CAAUUGAAAAAGAAUUGAUUAAUCGAUUGAAAAGUAAGGCUUAUGGUGAUAAUCCAUUAAAUGUUAAUGAAGAUGUUUGGAAAUCUGUUUUAGAGGGUGAUCAACUUGAAGCCGAAGAUGAUAUGACUGAAGAAAGUGAUGUUGAGGAUUUAGAAGAAAAUGAAUCAAGUGAUUAUAGUGAUAUACUUGAUACCUUGGAAGAAGCUAGUGAAGAAGAUAACGAGGAAGUUGAAAAACCCGACGUCAAGGGCAAAAGAAAAAGUGCUGAAAUUAAAGAAACACGAUCGAAAAAGAAAAAACUUGAAUACGAGCAUGAGCAAUCAUUAUCAAAAGUCCCCAAUUGGUGA